AAUUGCGUUUUGAGUAAUUUUUGGAAGCAUGGGAUGUAUGGUUGCUUAGCAACUAGCAGUUAAAUUUGCAAUAUUCAAAACAUCAGCCCGCUACACUUUUUGAGCUAGAGGAAGAUUCUCACAGCAGAUUCUCUUUGCUGAUGGUCCCUGUUUUUCCAGUAUGUGACAUUUAAUUUAAAAAAAAAAACAUUCUUAGGAACUGCCAUCAAAUGGAUGAGAUUUGUGAUGUUUUUUUGAACUUUUACAAGUUUGCAAAAUUGAAAUAGAUUUAUUAAAUUUAAAUGUUAGACUUGUAAAUGCAUUGUUAAAGGGCGCCCUGUUUCCUCGCAUCAGGUAGGCUGGCAGGUCCAGGCUUUGGAAGAGAUCUACCGGUAAUUCAACUCAAAUAGAAGGCACUAACGGCCUUUAAAUGUGUGUCAUCCCUCAUAUAUUAUACUGUUGAAUGCUCGAAUCUGAUUGGUUGACCAACGUUAAUUAUUUUCAGGGAAACGCACAGCUAAAGUAGUUCAAGGCAGGUCUUGACCGCAUUAGUUUCAUAUCACUUCGCCAAAUGAUUUCAGUUAUUUCAAAGGUCUUACAGCCUCCAUCUACAAAAGAACCAAAACCCAUGACAGUGACCAAGAAAAUAAGUAUAAACAAUAGGAUAAAAACAGCAAAUUUUUUCCAUGUUUUUUUGCCACAAAAUUACAUUUUAUGCACGAAAAGCACAUACUGUCUUUCUCCAACUUAUAUACUUUAAUUUAGUUUAACUUAAUUUUAAAAACUAAAACUGAACACCCUAGCAACCUCAUAGCAACACACUAUCAACCACCUAAAGCACCAUAGCAACUGCCUAGCAACUUCAUAGUAACACCCUAGCAACAACAUAAAAAUCUGAGGGAGCUUUUCAAACUACAAACAAUGACUUUUUAUCUAGUUUAAUUUCUUGUUCUAAAAUAACUAAACCUGAAAUAAAAAAUGUUAAUACUUUGAAUUAGUUUUAAUUUUAAAGUAUUAAUGAAAACUAUACCAGCAUCUCGAUGCUAAAAUAAAACUGCAUUAAAUUAAUCAUGAAUCUUUUUUAUUCAUACAACUAUUGUAUAACAUUAAUAAACAAAUACGCAUACAGGUUUGUGAGAAUUGUGUCUAUACCUUGGACCAUGUGUCCACGAAUAUUUAUGUAUUUAUUUGUUUAAAGACAGCAGAUAUUUACAUAUACGGAUGGUUGCCGGAGUGUUAUUAUAAAGUUGCUAAUGGGUUCAGAUGUUUACAUAUGCCUCCAAUCUAUGUGUUCUGUCGCAUUACAUGUACACACAGUAACACCUGUUCUCAACACGGAGCGCUGAUGUUCAGUACUCGUAGAGGUGUAUUCUUAGUCUAAGCAAUAAUAACAGUGAUGCUUGAAUUAAUAGCAAAUAGCACUGAUCAUAAAAACGUGUCUUCAUGUAUGUCAACGUGAGCUCGUGAGCUCAGCAAGAGCGCUGGCUGCACUCGUGCUGAAUGGCUCAGUCGGUUGCUAUGGAGACGCCUAACACAGCGCAGCUGUCAGUCACUGAUGAGUUUGAACCGGACAAGGACAUUUACUGAUUUCUGCGCGAGGAUAAUUAAUACUGUACGCGCUCACGAUCUGCUGUUGAUCACGCGCGAGCUUCAGAACACAGCGCUCGGAGCGCGUAAAGAGAACCUGCGGCAUCUGGAAGUUCCUCCAUCUCCAUAUGGAGCAGAAGACAGGACCCCUCAAAUGGGCAGAGAGCUGUGAGUCUCACAUAGAGAUGAGUGAUCAGUCCACCAUGGAUGUCCCUCAGGUCUUCAGACAAAACCAAACUUCAGAUCACGUGCAGGAGCGGAGGGAUCGCAGUGAAGCGUUCGAGAGCUCAGAGCGCUGGCUGGAGUCGAGAAGUCUGGAGAGCUUUGGACUGUCUCUCUCUCACCUCUUCUCUCUCUGCACCACUCCUCCAGUAUCUGAGAGAGGAGACGAGCUGGUCAGACAGAUGCACAUCAGCAGUGAGUCACUGGCUGAAUUUGAGGAGCAGCUUUACAUUGCCAUUGAGAUGUACCAUGACCAAAUUAAGUGGCUAAGUCAAGGAAACAGGAAGGUGUUUGGGGUGGUGAACGGAUCCCGAGUUGGAGUGCUUGUCGACACGUCUGAUUUUAACUGCUCUACAGAGAGACUAGCAGAUCUACAGCGAGAGCUCUUAACUCUCAUUGAGGAGCAACUGCGCUUCAAAAACCAACUGUAUCUACUGUCCUACGGCUCAGAGGUCAGCAGCCUUUGGGACAAACCGCUAGAUAUCUGCCCUCUACGGCUCAGGGAGUGUUAUGCAUGGGUCAUGCAGCUUCGAGCGGAUGGAGGCUGUGAUCUCCUGCAGGCACUACAGAGGGCACUGACCCACUCACAGCUGGACAUGCUGCUCAUCAUCCUGGCUGCUCGCCCUGAUCAGACCGUGGACAUUAUAUGUGAUUGUUUAGCUCUGAACCGAAUGCCCUCUGUUCAUGCGGUCGCCUACAACUGCAGCAGUCCCGCCGCCAUUGAGACUGUGAAGCGAAUGGCGGCAGUUUCUGGGGGGAGAUAUCACUUGUUUUCUGCUGCACUGGGUGUGGUAGACAGCAGUACAGAUGUAGAUCUGCUGUGGACGGAGAUUAAAGCAGCUCGGGAUGUUCUUACCCAAAUUCAGAACAUGCGUCAGGGUCGACUUGGAGACACAGCUGUCACUGUUGAGUCAGAGAUCUCCACGGGUUUGGACAGUCUUACUCUUUCUGACUUCAGUCCUGUAAGUUCUGCUCGUGGUGCUCCGCUGUGCAUCAAACCCGCAGGCCCAGCGCCCAGCAGCUCCAGCGAAUGGCUGAAGACCCACGGCCUGAAGGCUCAGAAGCUGGAUCUGUAUCAGCUGCUGGCUCGUAAUGCCUAUUCUCCACAAGAGACGUUUGUGCCAAUCUUGGGAAAGACUGUUUCUGCUACAGUUCAUGAGCGGGUGAUGGUACAGUUUGAAUGGCAUGAUGGAACAGUGAAGAAUUUGCAUGUCGAUCUUCCAUCAGUGCAAAAGUACCAGAAGCGGCUGAUGGAUGCUGUACGUCUUUUUGAAAGGAGAGUUGAGUGGCUGAACAGGAUGGGCAGCCAGCAGAUAUGGGGAACCGUGUGCGAGCAGAGGGUGCAGGUUCUUCUGGACAUGUCUGGGAUGAACACCCACUACCAGCUCCACAUCCAGCAAGCCCUCCGGAUACUCCUGCAGGAGCAGUUGGCUAAUAAGCACAGCUUCAAUGUCAUUGUGUUUGGAUCAGAUGUCAAGUCAUGGCAGGAGAAGAUGGUUCCCUCCACCCAUGAAAACCUUCAAGCUGUUUGGCAGUGGAUUCAGGCAUUAGAGUGCGUCGGGGGUCGUAAUACUCUGGCUGCUCUACGGCGCGCUCUAGAGGAGGAACCGCAGGAAGAAGCAGCACUGACUCAUGGCGUUUAUCUCCUCACCACCGGCAUGCCAGAUCAACACAUGGUUUCUGUCACUGCUUAUGUGUCUGAGCGCUGCAGCACAGCAAACCUGAACCUCCAUGUGUGCCUGUUCACCGGAGAGGAGGACACUGUCCGCUGCCCUCCGCCUCGUCACGCCACACGGUCCGAAACCGCACAAGCUCUGCGCGGCCUGGCACAUGCGGGCAAUGGACGCUUCCUCUGGACGACUGAGACUGGCAUCGUGGAGAGUGAUGACAUCAGUGCCCUAAUUGGAGAAAUGGAGACAGCCGCUAAUUAUUGUCAGAAGUGCUCUGAACUACUGGACUCUCUGAUCCAGAAGGGUUCCAGCAGAGGUUCAGGAGAAGCGAGUACCCCAUCCCUCAAACCCCAGGCCUGGAUCCACAAAACAAAACUGCCGUCUCCCAGACCCACAACACUCAGCCUGGCGAGACUGGAAAGCAGGCAGAUGAGCAGAUUUGCACAGAACGGCUCAGCUUGGAGGCCGAACAGCUCUAAAGCAGAAAUCCCAGCAGUCCAGUCAGCUGAUUUCAGCACACCGUCUGGGCUGACAAAGCCUGCUGAUCAGAUGAGAGCCACUGUGUCUCAGUCUGUCUUCUUCAUGGAAGAUGGCAACUUGGGUGUUGUCUUCAAGAAAUAUCCAAAACCCAAGAGUGUGCGCAAGUCUAUCAAUACCAUUAAAUUGCCAAAGCAUGAAGACAUCUGUUCAACUAAACAGUGGUUGAAAAGGUUUGGUAUAAAGAAUCUGAAGUUGGACCUUCACAAACUGAUAUCUGGACCUGAAUGCUGCCAUCACAACAAACUGGUGCCGUCUGUCCAGAAGAGAGUGUCUGCUAAGUACUGUGACAUAUUCCCUAGUGUCCAAGUCAAUGGGGCUGUGAGACACCUGCAUCUGACUCCUGGUGAGUUAAAACACUACCUCAAUCAGACGGACAAACUGAUGCAGCGCUAUGGCCGAAGACUGGAGUGGUUACUGAAAGGCAGCAGGCGUAUGUUCGGAUCAGUGCUGGAAAAGGACGUCUGUGUUCUGCUGGAUGUGUCUGGAUCAAUGGCUCCCUGCCUCCCUGAACUCCAGAAGGGACUGACCUUACUGAUCUGGGAUCAGCUGCAUGCCAACAGCGUGAGGUUUAAUGUGUUGGCGUUCUCUGGAGGGGUGCGGAUGUGGCAGCCGGCGCUGGUUGAGUCCACUGAGGAUCUGUGUACGGAGGCAGUGCAGUGGUUGAGUCAGCUCAGCUCACACGGAGCUUCCUCCACACUGCAAGCACUGCAGACAGGCUGUGGCUUGGCAGAUGAUGUUGGUCUGUAUCUGAUCUGUGAUGGAGGGUGUGACUCCAGCCACAGUCUAAUACUGACAGAGAUGGAGACACUGAGAAAAGAGAAGAGCUUCACCGUCCACACCGUCGCACUCAACUGCCAUGACAGAUCCGGCAGUGAGUUUCUGAAGCGUCUGGCCCAUAAAACAGGAGGACGUUUCCAUCAGGCUCCUGACGACACGGAUACAGCUCUUAUCAGAAAACUGCUGUCAGACCCCUGCAGUGCAGACCCAGUGCUGCCAAAAUUUGAGGGGGACGAUCUAAGGAAACUAUCAGAGGAGAUUGAGAAGCUGAGAUUGUUCCAGAAACAAGCUAAAGCUUUCAGGGAAACAAUUUUGGGGGUCAAGGAACCUGGAAGGAAUGUAGACGCUGAUCUCCACACCUGUUCAAAUCAUGACAGCUUUAUUUAUUCAGAAUAAACUCUAUAUACAGUGUGUUUCACUCAGCUAUCUAUAACAUCUGUAGAUAACUGAGUGUUUCACUCAUUCGAUCAUCUAUAAAUAAUUUCAUAAGACCUAAUGUAAGAAUAUUUGUUAAUAAACUUAUGGCUUAGAAUAAUAUUUUGGGAACAUGUUGUAAAUAGGUGUCUGUUAUAAAAAGCAUGGUUGAAAGAAAUGUUAUAUACAUUAAAAAAGUGUAAUUUG